AUGAGCACAAGAAAGAGGAAACCUCAAACUAGAAACUCUUUUGAAAGAAAAAAGACAUUACAAGUUCCUGUUCGUUUUGAAAGAGAGCGUAAGAGCUCUAGACCGCAAUCAUCACCAAGAACUAAUAACAGAAGAUCUGAUGAAUCUCAGUCUCCAAAGCUUGGAUAUGGGAGAUUCUCAGGUUUGAAAGAGAUCAAAACAGAAGAUACCAGAAAUGCAGAAAACUUGGUCUCUAAGAUUGAAACUUUUGAUGCCUUGAAACUAUUACCUGAAGUUCGUGCUGCUGUUUUGGAGAAUAUUAGAAAGAAAACCAUUUUAAAUAAAAGUUUAACUCCAAAUCAAGAAGAGGAACAACUUGUGAAUAUAAAACCAACACCUAUUCAAGUUGCAGCUAUAAAAGUUAUCUCCCAAUAUCUAGAAAAACCAGCAUUGUCAACAUUUGCCAUUGCUGCUGAGACUGGGUCAGGUAAAACUUGGGCAUAUAUGGCGCCAUUAAUUGAUGGAUUGAAACGUGAAGAACUGGAUGAAUCAUGGGCUAGAACAGCAGAUAAGGCAAUCAUUAGAGCUGUUAUUGUGGUUCCAACUCAUGAAUUAAUUGAUCAAGUUUAUGAACAAACAAUAGAUGCUCUAGAUGCUUUGAACUUGAAGUGUUUCAAGUGGACUUCAGCAACGAAAUAUGAAGAUUUUGUUGAUGCUUUAAAGAAUAGAAUUGACGUGUUGAUUGCUACACCUGGUAAACUGAAUAGAAUCGAAAGCAUUAGAAUGAUCAAAAGACCACAAUAUGUUUUCUCUAGAACUAGAUACAUGGUUAUUGAUGAAGCUGAUACUUUAAUGGAUGCAUCAUGGAUUGAUGAUACUUGUGAUGCUAUCAAACGUUUACCUUCAGUGCAAAACUUGGUUUUCUGCACAGCUACAAUUCCAAAGGAAUUCAACAAUACAAUGGAUAAAUUGUUCCCAACUGCUAUUAAAAUCACCACACCUUCGUUACAUAGAUUACCAAAGACUAUCAAGUUCAGUUUGAUUGAUGCUAGUGUUCAACCAUACCAAGGCUCCAAGAUUAAAGCUUUGGCACAAGCUUUAUAUGCCAUCCAUCGUGAUGGUUCUGAAGAAGGUUAUGAAAAAAGAUGCAUUGUUUUCGUCAAUGAAAGAAAAGAUAUUGAAAAAAUAGCUAUGAGCUUAAGAGAUACAUAUAAUCAUGACGUGACCACCUUAACAGGUGAAGAUUCACCAGAGGAUAGACAAUCAAAAGUUGCGGUCUUUAUAAAUCCCCCAAGAAGGUUAGAAGAUAUACCUGUUGAAACUGAGGAUGAUAGUCAAAAUGUUGCAUUACCAGAUUCUAAUAUCAUUUUGAAGAAAGGUACAGGAGCUAAAAAAAGGGAAGGAAGCUUGAAGGUUUUGGUUACUUCUGAUUUAUUGGCAAGAGGUUUAAAUUUUAGUGCUGUUAGAAAUGUUAUCUUGUAUGAUGUUCCUAAUACUUCAGCUGAUCUUUUGCAUAGAGCUGGUAGAACUGGAAGAAUGAAUCAAGCUGGUAGAGUGUUUUUGAUCAUUGAUAGAAAAUCAGAACCUUGGGUCAAGAGAUUACCAAGUAUUGUUAGAGCUCAUGGUUUAAUUACCUGAAGGAUUU